GUGUAAAUACAUUUAUACGUUGGAGCAAAUUUCCGUAACAUCGUAUAAAAUGGAAAAAAAGAAAGGAUAUCAAAUUUGCAGCGUUCGAACGUGCGGAAAUAAAACCACAAAACCAAAUUCCCAUUUUUUUCACUUUCCUAAGGAUAUUGAAAGGUUAAGACAAUGGGCAAUUGUAUGUGGUCGGAAAGAUCUUUUGAAAAAGUCACCAAAAAAGGUAUAUUCCUGCAAUGUAGUUUGCAACGAUCACUUUGAAGACAGAAUGUAUGCAAAUGAUUUAAAAAACCGUUUGCUUCCUCUAGCUCAACCAACUCUCAAUUUGAUAGACAAUUUAGAAAGUGAUAAAAAUAAUAUGGAUUGUGCAGAUGUAAGAACUGGCACUUCAUCUGACAUUCGACAAAACACACGUUCGUUGGAAGGGAAAGAAAGGUUGCAGUUUUCUACAGAGCACGAUGUACAAGUGGAAUACAAUUACAUGAACUUGGAACCAAUUAACACCACCAAUUUUCUUCAGUCUUCAAUUACCGAUUUUGCAGCAAACAACAGCAGCGUGACAGAUUCUAAUAUUGUAGUUACUGCAGAGCGUCCCAGUGCGUCAAGGACCCAGUGUGUUCAGGACAGUAAAGGAGCCCAACUGCUACACAAUCAAAGUAUUUAUAAAGUUACUCAAACUCCGCAAUAUUUGUCCGCUCAUACUCCGAGAAAAUUAAAACUACAAAGAAAAGUGGGACAUCUAAAAAAAGAGAUUGCCACUCUGCGUGCAAUAAACAAAAAAUUGGAAGAUGUAACCGAAGAUCAAUUUCUGAAGACCUGUGAAAAAUUUAUGUCACCUCUAAUAGCAUUGUUCGUAAGAGAACGAGUAUUAUCUGGCAAGAAAAAAGGCCAAGGUCGGAAGUAUUCCCUACAAUUAAAACGAUUGUGCUUGAAUUUAUAUUUUAAAAGGCCAAGAGCGUACAGGAUGUUGUCAUCAAUAUUUUAUUUGCCAGACAAAAAGAUUCUCAAUAGAAUGACAACUAAUAUUUCUAUUACGAGUGGUUUAAAUCAAAACGUGUUAAAUUUAUUAGCCGUUAAAUUUGCAACUAUGCAAGAAUCUGAAAAAGUUUGUGUGAUAUGCUUUGAUGAAAUGUCAUUAAAAUAUCAUUUAUAUUAUAAUACAAAGGCUGAUAAAGUUACUGGUUUUCAUGAUAGUGGCAAUGAAAAGCAACCAGCAAAAUAUGCAUGCGUCUUUAUGGCGAGAAGUAUUUUUGCUAAUUGGGAACAGCCUCUUGCGUUCGAAUUUUCAUAUACAUCUUGUUCAACUACAAUUCUCAAACAAUUACUAACUCGGUGUAUUCUUGAAUUGCAAAAUAUUGGUUUAACAGUUGCCGCUGUAGUGUGUGAUAUGGGUCCUAAGAAUAUUCAGCUUUCAAAUGAAUUAGGAAUUACGCCUAGUACUCCACAUUUUACGCUGAACGGCCGCAAAAUUUUUUGGUUAUUCGACGUGCCGCAUUUGAUGAAGGCAACGCGAAAUAUGUUUUUAAAAUAUACUUUUACGUUUAACCAAUUUUUUGCUAAGAUGAAGUAUGUAAGACAAUUUUAUGAGCUCGAUAAAACAAUGCAGUUCAGGUUGGCGCCGGAAUUAACUGACGCUCAUGUAAAUCCAGGUCCAUUCCAAAAAAUAACUCGAUUUGCUACUCAGCUUCUUAGUCACUCUGUUGUUACAGGUAUAAGUACAUAUAUGCAUUUUGAAAAAAUAUCAACUGAGGCAGUUGGAACAGUAACUUUCAUAGACAAGAUGGAUAAACUUUUUGAUAUGUUAAAUUCUACCGUAAAAUACUCAGGAGAUAAAUUACAUGCUCACGUUUUCGAAGGGAAUAAAUUUCAGAUUGUUUUUUUAAAAGAAUGUUUAGAGUUUUUCGAUUCAUUAAAAAUUAAGAAUGGUGAUGGUCAGAACAUAACAAAUCAAAUGAAAUUCAUAAAUGGCUGGAAAGUUACUAUUUCAGGCGUGCUGCAAUUAUGGGAAUGCCUCAAAGAAAAAAAAUUUAAUUGUCUGCAAACAAGGAGAUUAAAUCAGGAUCCUGUAGAAAACUUUUUUGGAAGAAUUCGUUUAUAUGGAGGAAACUGUUUGAACCCUCCUGCCUGGAAGUUUAUUGCAGCAUUCAAAAAAUUGCUAUUUCAUAAUAUUUUAAAUACAGAGAACGAAAACUGCGAGGAUGAUUUAGAUAAUAUCUUGUUUGACUUAAGUGCAUUGAAUCGCGAUGAAAUAGAAGAAAUUGAAGGAGAAAAAGAAAGUAGUCUUUUUGAAGAGUUUACAACGGACGAUGUAGAUUAUCAGAAGCUUGAUCUACUAGAAAAAAAUUCUAUUAAAUAUGUAUGCCGAUUUCUGAUGAAUAAGUGUUUAAAAAAACAUUCUUGUUCAAUUUGCGAAAAUUAUGUUAUUGAUGACGUGGAAUUUCACGAUGCGACAAUUUUUUCGUUUUGUAAAACGUAUCAGAAUAAUACUUCAAUUUGUGGAAAUGUAAACAUAUUUCAUGAUAAUUUCAUUUUUUACAUAUGUUCGUUGGAUGCAAUUUUUAGAGAGCACUUUCAAAAUUUUAUUUCAGAAAAAAAUGUUAUAAAAUCUUUUUUAACUGAAGCUACAAUAAUUACAUUCAAUCACCCUUGCGAAAGUUUUCCACAUGUUUAUUUACAAAAAUUGUUUUUUCGAAUGCGGCUCUAUUACACAUUAAAAUUCAUAAAUUACAACUUUCGAUCUACCAAUAACCCGAAUAAAAUAAUAAUUUGGGAGCAUGAGUAAAUGCUAUAAAAGUGCGUAAAAUAGUUUUAUAUAAUUAUUACGGCUAAUAAAUUUAACACGUUUUGAUUGUUUUAUAUAAUUAA